UUAAGGGGGGGUCGUGGGUGCCUUGUUUUCAUUUUGUGGGCUGUAAGCUACCACCAGCGGGGUAAUUACUAUACUAAAAUACAAACACCUGCAUGCCUGGACCGCUGCACAUUUUAAUACAUCAUAUUUGUCCAGGUAGUGGAAAGCUUGCAAGUUUAACGCUAGGUCUGUAAAAGUAGCUGAUGGAUGAGCGGGUAUCGGAGUUAUUUGGAUCAGGAAAUGGACACGGCUCUGGAUCUCAAGGUGUUGCGUCCAACGUUAAGCCAGGAAAUGCCUUUGGGAUGGGGGUAACUCCUAAAAAAGCGUCUGCCAAGAACAAGAAAGCAAAGGCUCGAUCUUUCCGCAACUUCAAACCGAGCAAUAACACCCCAUAUCUACCUCCAGAGGCCGAAGAGGGAAAUAUAGAGUACAAGCUGAAGUUAGUGAACCCAACGCAAUAUCGCUUUGAGCACCUGGCUACACAAAUGAAAUGGCGUCUGCAGGAAGGUCGCGGAGAAGCUGUCUAUCAAAUUGGUGUUGAGGAUAAUGGCAUGUUGGUGGGACUAUCAGAGGACGACAUGAGGGCAUCACUGAAAACCCUCCAUAAGUUGGCAGAAAAAGUUGGAGCCGACAUCACCAUUCUUAGAGAGCGAGAGGUAGACUAUGACUCUGAUGUGCCUCGUAAGAUUGCUGAAGUUCUCAUUCGCAAGGUGCCAGAUGACCAGCAGUUCUUGGACCUGCGAGUAGCCGUACUGGGUAAUGUGGACUCUGGCAAGUCCACCCUGUUGGGUGUUUUAACACAGGGUGAGCUUGACAAUGGACGGGGAAGAGCGAGGCUCAACCUCUUCAGACAUCUCCAUGAGAUCCAGACUGGACGCACGUCAAGCAUCAGCUUUGAGAUCCUUGGCUUCAACAGUAAAGGAGAGGUUGUGAAUUACAGCGAGUCUCGGACAGCAGAGGAGAUUUGUGAGAGUGCCUCUAAAAUGAUCACAUUCAUUGAUCUGGCGGGUCACCACAAGUACCUGAAAACCACCAUCUUCGGCCUUACCAGCUACUGUCCUGAUUUCGCUAUGCUGGUUGUCAGUGCAAAUACUGGUAUUGUUGGUACAACGCGAGAGCAUCUUGGGCUAGCCAUGGCCUUGAAGGUGCCCAUCUUCAUUGUCAUCAGUAAGGUGGACCUGUGUACGCGGGCCACUGUGGAGCGCACAGUGCGGCAGUUGGAGCGUGUCCUGAAGCAGCCAGGCUGCAACAAGGUGCCUAUGGUUGUAAGCAGCACGGACGAUGCCGUCACAGCAGCGCAGCAGUUCGCCCAGUCUCCCAAUAUCACACCUAUCAUAACCUUGUCCAGUGUCACUGGAGAGAGUCUGGAACUACUCAAGGUUUUCUUCAACAUCAUCCCUCCUCUCAGCAACAGCAAGGAGCAGGAGGAACUUAUGCAACAGCUAACCGAGUUUCAGGUGGAUGAGAUAUACACAGUGCCAGAGGUGGGAACUGUGGUAGGAGGUACUUUGUACAGUGGUAUUUGCCGUGAAGGAGAUCAUCUUGUCGUAGGACCCACAGAUUUGGGCCAGUUCCACAAGUUGACUGUUGGAAGCAUCCAAAGGAACCGCUCGGCAUGCAGGGUACUCCGGGCCGGCCAGGCUGCUACACUCGCACUAGGCAACUUUGACCGGUCACUACUACGCAAGGGCAUGGUGAUGGUGAGUCCAGAGAUGGAUCCCACUAUCUGCUGGAUGUUUGAGGCUGAGAUUGUGCUGCUCUUCCAUGCCAAGACCUUCCACAAGGGUUUCCAAGUUACUGUGCACAUUGGCAAUGUGAGACAGACCGCCACUGUGGAAGCUGUGUACGGCAAGGAGGAGCUGAGGACAGGGGAGAAAGCAGUGGUUCGCUUUAGAUUCAUCAAGCAUCCAGAGUACCUGAAGGUGGGAGCAAAGGUGCUUUUCAGAGAGGGUGUGACCAAAGGUAUCGGCCACGUCACCAAGUUACAACCCAUCGCCCAGUACCAGCCAUCCCAAAGCGACGAGGAAGCCUAAAAUAUCUCUGAGAACCACAACAGAAAACACCGUCCCACCUGAAAACAAGGUGCUUCAUAUAAGCUGCCUCCCUCCCUCUGCCCUCUGUUCCCUGCACAGUAAAUCCCUCUAACAGGAUUUUGUUGUUUUUUGCCCCUUUCAACAGCCUUUUUGGCACCAUCCUCCUAAUUUGUGCCCUUUAGCAUUUUAAAGAACUGCUGAUAUUUUAGUCUGCUCUCUGGUGUUGAGAUUUUAUGGGUGUUUGUUUUUCAUGGCACUGAUAAGAGGAAGUCUUUUAGCUCUCUAACACAUUCACUUCACACAACAUCUACCAAAGUGAAAUUGAGAACACCAUUGGAAUGCGCAUAUCAAAAAGUUGCAACAGGGAAAUUGCUUUCUCACACUUGUGAUGAAGUGCUGCUUAUAGUGUACACCUUAAUGCACUCCUCACACUUGCCACACACUUGCACUGAAACGUACAUGCCGGUGUUGACAUACCUUUGGCAGACGAUUGUUUACAAAUUCAGCAGCUGCAAGGAUGAGAUUCUCAGACAUUAAGGUGUAAUGUAUCACCGACGUCAUCGCCCCAAAGCAGCUGGUCUGUGAAACCAGCAUAGUGCCUGACAAGCCUCUGAUGACGAGCCUAUGAUCUCAUUGUAUUUGAGUACUUGUAAGCGAUAACUUUUUCAUGUCACUGCUAAUUACUUAAUAACAGCAAACGCAAUGAGGGACAUUUGUGGUUCUCAGACACAGCUUGUCAGUUGUAGGGAAGCAAAAGUAAUCUUUCAGCUAUAAUGCUGACAAGGGCACUUUAGGAAGGUGGAGAGCAUUGCAGCAUAUGCAAAGUUAGAACUUGACCCAGUUUGUAUGUCAGUCUGCCAAGAUUACUCACAUUGGCAAUCACCUUGUAAGUGGCUUUGUCACAUCAAUUUGUCUGUGAGUAUUAUGUUUUUAUUCACAAAUUGCCUCACGAUAGCGCAGUGAGAUGCCAAAGAUCUCGCUGCCUUUCUUUCAAGUGCUUUAGUUACUCAGGUCAGUGUAGAUAUCGUGAUAGACAGCAUUCCACUCUCACAGAACUAUUCCGUUGGAGGUUUCUGUUUCUGACUUGGGGG